AUGUCUACCGUCACCGCAUUCACCACCUUCACCGGUCUCAAGGCCGCCCCCCAGGGCGUCCGCACCACCAAGGCUGUCGCCGCCCGCCCCGCCGGCCGCGUCGCCCGCCUCAACGUGCAGGCCAACAAGAAGGUUGCCAAGAAGACCUCCGUCGUCCUCAUCAAGGACGUGCCCAACUACGGCAGCGCCGGCGACGUCGUCAACGUGUCCAUGGGUUACUUCCGCAACAACCUCGAGCCCUUCGGCAUCGCGAAGAAGGCCACCGGCGACAUCCUCGCCCAGGUCGCCGCCGACGCCGCCGCCCAGGUUGCCGCCAAGCAGGCCGAGCAGGCUGGCGCCAAGGCCAUCGCCACCGCGCUCCAGACCAUCGGCAAGUUCGUGGUGAAGAAGACUGUGGGUGAGGACGGCAAGAUCUUCGGCAGCGUCACCACGCAGGACGUCGUCGACGCGGUGAAGCAGCAGACCAGCAAGGAGCUCGACAAGAAGGCCAUGACCGUGCCGGAUAUCAGCGAAGUGGGCACCUACGAGGUCACCGUCAAGCUCCACCCCGAGGUGACCGGCAAGUUCAACCUCGAGGUCCAGAAGGCGUAAUUGUUUGCAGACGAUGUAGCGCGCAGCGGGAGAUUUAGAGUUGACCAUUUUUUGGAUGGCGAUGGGACGGAUCGCUUGUUAGAGGGGGGGGAGGAGCAGAGCUCCGUGUCGCCACGUGCGGAGACGACGCGCGUCGUUUCGGCGGCGAUGAAACAACAGAGGCAAAUGUCGAUAUCAUUACAGUCGAGUCCUUUGAACG